UGAAUGACACUGAUAGCCCGGUUGGUAUAAAAAAGAACGGCAUGGAUUUUCAGCGUAUCUUGAGAAAAGCAAUCCAGCAAGCAACAGAAUGAAGUUAAUGUUGAUCACCCUAGCGUGUCUGGCUGUUACUGGCGUUCACAGCAUGCCGAACGGUUUAAAGAAAUCUCCAUUAGCCAGAGCAAAUGAAGAAACUACCACUACAGAAGUAGCUGACACUGAGACCACAACUAGUGGACUUAUAGAAGAUCUGGAGAUUGAUGGAGAAGUUGAGAGAAUGGCAAACAGCACCAUGGAGAGCAACAACACCAGAGCAGGAAACAACACCUUUGUGGCCGCCGUUGAGGAGGCAGUUGAAGAUGUUAUGGAAGCUGCAAAGGGAGCUGCUGACCAUGUUAAGAGUCUGAUCAACAAACAUAUUCUUGGAGAGGAUUCUGAGGAAAAGGAGGAGAAGGUUGAAAGUGAGGAAGAUAGCGAGGAGAAGGCCGAAGAUGAAGAUGAAGAUGAGAGUGAAAAGAAAGUUGUUGGAAACAAGAGAAACAGCAGGGCUGAGUCUGAGGAUCCCAAGUUUGUUCUGAGGGAAACUAACCAGAAGAAAGUCCAUAAGGUUGUGAAAGCAGGAGAAGAAAAUCUUUCUGAUGAUCAUGAAGAGGAUGAAUCUGCAGAGGAUACUUCUGAUGAAUCUGAAGAUUCUGAUGAGUCCAGUGAUUCUAAUGCAACCACCACUGAGGCUGAGGUUGAUGCUACCACUGAGGAUGCUGAGUUCCGUGAUGUGACCACCGAGGAACCUACCACUGAGAGCGAUGAUGUUAUCGCAACCGGUGGAUUUGUUGCUGAGAAUACUGAUGCUCUCAAGGAAGAUAACAAGAGAAAACUUCCCAGCACUCAGGCUGAAAGCAAUAAGAAAAACUAAGAAUUCGCAUUUUAGCGUUUGUAAAUAGUUAAUAGCGUAUAUUGUAAUAAAUUUUUAAAUUCAA